AUGGAAUACUAUGAAAAAUGCUUGGAAAUUGCCAAAGAACGAGGAUAUAAACACGAGGAAACACGCGCAUACCUUGGGUUAGAAGAACUUUAUAAAUUGAACAACCAUAUUCAAAACGCAAUGGAAUACUUUAAAGGAGGCUUGGAAAUUGCCAAAGAACGAGGAUAUAUAAACGAGGAAACACGCGCGUAUCUUGAGUUAGGAAAAGCUUAUCAAUCGAUAAAUCAGAUUCAAAAGGGAAUGGAAUACUAUGAAAAAGCUUUGGAAAUUGCCAAGAAACGAGGAUAUGAACACGAGGAAACACGGGCGUACCUUGAGUUAGGAGAAACUUAUAUAUUGGACAAUCAGAUUCAAAAGGCAAUGGAAUACUUUGAAAAAGCUUUGGAAAUUGACAAAGCACGAGGAAAUAAACAGAAGAAAACACGCGCAUACCUUGAGUUAGGAGAAGCUUAUAAAUUGGACAAUAAGAUUCAAAAGGCAAUGGAAUAUUAUGAAAAAGCCUUGAAAAUUGCCAAAGGACGAGGAUAUAAACAACUGGAAAUACGCGCGUAUCUUGGGUUAGGAGAUGCCUAUAGAUUGAACAAUCAGAUUCGAAAGGCAAUGGAAUAUUAUGAAAAAGCCUUGGAGAUUGCAAUACAACAAGAAUAUAAACGAGAGGAAACAAGCGCGUAUCUUGGGUUAGGAGAUGCUUAUGGGUUGAACAAUCAGAUUGGAAACGCAUUGCAAUAUUAUGAAAAGGCGUUGAAAAUUGCAAAAAAACAAGGAUAUAAACUGCAGGAAACACAGGCGUACCUUGGGUUAGGAGAUGCUUAUAGAUUGAACAAUCAGAUUGGAAACGCAUUGCAAUAUUAUGAAAAAGCGUUGGAAAUUGCAAAAGAACAAGGAUAUACACUGCAGGAAACACAGGCGUACCUUGGGUUAGGAGAGGCUUAUAAAUUGAACAAUCAGAUUGAAAACUCAAUGGAAUACUAUGAAAAAGCCUUGGAAAUUGCCAAAGAACGAGGAUAUAAACAUCUAGAGAACUGCACAAGAAAUGUAAUUGAAAAACUGUCAAAAAUUACAGGUAAACUUAGCAACCAGCUCGUACCCAGGAUCUCCCUUCUCGGUAAGGAAAGACGCUGGGAGGGGCUGGUCACGUGAUAUGCUAAAAUCCAGCGUAUUUGCAAUUAGCGUUCUUAUGUAAAUUUAGGCCGGGAGAGGUGGGAAUGCACUAGAUGACUUUUCACAUAACAAAAAAUUUGCAUUAGGAGAUCACAUGACCAGCUUCCACCAGGGUUUUUCCUCCCCUGUAUAUAGAGAGAAGACCAUGGGCACGAAGUUGCAAAUUUGGUGAUGAUUUUCUGAUAUUCGAGUGUCAGAUUGAUAAGGUUUUAGCUAUUUUAAAAAUAAUACGUUCAAUCUGGUACUUGACUUGUUGCAGUUUUCAAAUUUUCUGCAAAUUAAUAGAAAUAUAUUCCGUUGAAGAUCAAUUUUUAAAUAUUUAAAAUUUAAUACGAUAUUGUUAGAGGAGAGCUAAGGGUCAUGUAUUAAUCCGAAAACUAAAGCCCAAGUUCGUUUAACCGUACGAGCCACCAAAGGGCAGCCACAGGGAAACAUGUUGGGGAAAACGGGUCAUGUUAACAGAAAGCUUUAGUUUUUGUCUAGAACAUCUGUGGGGUUUUAAAAAACAACUCAAGGCAGUUAAAGUAAGGCUAUAUACAGUUAAAAGAAACUGCCUGAGCGAAUUAAAAAUUGUACAAUGAUUUUGACAAACAUUGAAGUUUUAUGUUUGGUCUUCAGUGUCCCAAUUAGCUGACAACGUUUCUUUGAAUACGACAAAUUUUCAAAACCUUGAAUGACAACUGAUUUGUUGGAAACCCCCAGAAAUAUUAGAAAAAAAAUUAAAAACCAAAAUAAACACCCAAAACUGUCACGAAUUCCUUAUGAAAUAUUGAACUAAUUAAACUUUUGGCAGUCUUAAGGCUUGAUUUCACGACGGCGAAAUUGUUCGUGCGAAAUCGUGUCUGCGAAAUAUGGAUGGCUGCACAGGAGUGAUUCUAUUAAAUUUGUGCACUGUUUUCGCUUUCGCAGUGAGUAGAACUGACUUCUACUCACUGCCAAAGCGAAAUAUUUUCUCGCGAAGAUUAAUUUAUCUAUUCUGCGCAUGCACGAUCUCAUUUUGUGCGAAAUGUUUCGCAUUUCGCCCAGAAAAAGCGUUCGUGGAAUCAGCUGGGUAAUCAUUAUAAUUAUAAUAUUUUUCCUGUUAAAAGACAACACGUUGCUUUGUUUUUGAUGAUAUAGUUUUCGAUAUUUUAAAUAAUAUGAGGUCAGUAUUUUGAAUUUGAGAUUAAAGUUGGACUUAGUUUUCUUCCACACGUUGCAUAUAGCUUCACUGAUUUUGCAGUAAUAGAUAGUUCAAAUACGAGACAAAAAAGUUUACCAGGAUUUCCAAGUCCGAGUGCGUUUUGAAAAGGCCAGCCACAAGCGAGCCUUAUUAAUGGACGCAGACUUGAAAAUCCUGGUAAUAUCAACCAUACCAUAUCAUACGAUACGAUACGAUACCAUACCAUAUCAUAUCACAUCACAUCAUACCAUACACCAUACGUUUCUCAAGAUAAUUAGCAACUAUUCGCCAAAGUGGAGGUAAAUAGUGCAAGGACAUUCACCGAAAUGCGAAGCGUUGAGAUGAAUAUCCUUACACUAUAUAUUCGCCGACACUGAGGUAAAUAUUUGUUUUAGCAUAUACCAAUCACAUAAUUCUAUAGUGCGAUUUUCACUAUUUUCUCCAAUGUACGAAACUGAGUAACUAAUCAGAUUGCGCGAAAAGCACUAUCCACCCACAAGUAUAUGCUAAGAAAAAUUAUACAUUGAAGAAAAAUUAAUUGAGAGGUUAACCCUAUAUGAACAAUUAACCUAAACUAUAUAUAUUUUAAAAAAGAUAAUAGGCAAUUCCAAUUUAUGCGCGCGGGGGAUGAUGGGAAGUAAGGUAUCAUAUUGCUGAUUAUGCUGAAAAAUUUCAAUAAAAAAUUCAAUAAAAACUGCCGAAACAACCGAAAUAUUUCAAUAUCUACAAGUAAAGCUAUCACUUCGUGUUUACAUGGCCACCAUAUACCAAAAGUCCUUAAUCUCGUAUUUGAACCAUUACUUCGAAAUUGAAGCUACAAUACAAUGUGUAGCAGAAAAAUAAGUCCAAAUCCUACUCGUCUUUGAGUCGAGUAUUUGAGCUCACUUCUCAAACAUUGCCUUACAUGCAUAGUACUAAAACUUUAAAAUUAUCUUAAUUCUGAUUUCAAUGUACUAGUAUAUUUUAGAAUAAAAUUUCUAAAAUAAAAGUGUCCUGUACGACGUCUUCCUCUAGUUUCACAUACACUAAUAAUAAAAUAUUAAUUUCUUUUGUUUUUGGUCACGAAUUACAGCUUGACAACAUUUCUUCCCUUACAGAUUCUCUCAGCGUUGAAACUACGCAUGAGCACACAACUUCUACAGUGCAGAAAGCAUCGUCCUUACCAGGAAAAGGUAAAAUUAAUGUUACCUUCAUUGUUAUUAUUUUCAUUGAAUUCUUAUACUGUACUUAAAAGUAUGAUUGCGCAACUGUGAUAAUAAGAUACGUUGAAGUAUUUCAUUAGAAUCAGUGCAACGUUUGACAUUUUACUGAUGAGUGCACCUUAUAUAAUAGGUGCUCUUUUAUAAUUAUUCCAAGUGCCAUUUUCAGAGAUUUCCAUAUGGUGUAUUUUGUAAGCAUGAUUUCCGCUUAAGAUUAUACUUAGAAAUAAAACUUCGUUCGUUGGGAUUUCAGUUUUAAAAUGUUAGUUUUACCUUUUAUACGCAGACUCCUACGGAGAGGACAUUACAAACAUUCAGGAAAAUCCUCUGGGCAAAAAGCAUGCAUCGUCGUCGCAAGUAUAGGAGUUCUUGACGGCUUCAUACAUAAUUUCAUACUUAAGUGCAAAACAGUCCCUUUUGUCUCUUAAAAUUAGUUUUUCUAGUUAUUCAUAAUAAAAGUCUUUCGUGGACUAUCAUUACAAUGAAUACGGGCUAUCACGACAAUUAAUCGUUCCAAUGGUUAGUAGGCUAUGAUUACUGGCUAUGAUUACAAUAACUUACUCGACGUCCGAUAUUUCUAUCUCAUUCGAAUAUUUUUAUAUCAACUGCAGAUUCAGGUGUUAAGGAAGAGAACACUCUCCUGCUUCAAGGGACAGAGCCAGUUACAG